CCGGGGGUGGGGGGAGACGCGUCCACGCAGCCCCGACUCCUCUCCCUGCCCCUCUGCAGCCCCAGGAGGCAUGGAGUGAGUACACACACUCCUCUGACUUGUGGGAGAGGCCCCUCUGCGAGGCUUUGGGGAACUCUGGAGGAGUCUGGAUCUGGCGCCCCCCCCCCUCGCCCGAAUGUUUCCGGCCGCGCCGCGCCGCCCCGCCCCGACGCUGGCUGGUUGCUGUUUGAUGGGCGCGCGCGGCACACGUCGCUAGGGCCUGGGUGUCCCAGGUGAGUCUGUCCGCGCGCUGCUGCGGACUGGGACCCACGACGGCCUGAGCAGCCAAGGGUCCUGGCCUCCGGGAUUCCGUGCUCCGGAUAAACUGGGAUCACGGAUGCACCGCGCGCCGCGGGUGCCCGAGCACCCUCCCAGAGGAGUCCAGACCUGGUUGGGGGAGCACUGAGGGUUACAGCCAGCGACCGACGUCUGGGAGCCAAGAUGCUCAGCUUUGUAGCUGUAACUUACACGUGUGAUGUCACCGUUUGAAGCCUCCGUUUUGUCAUCUGUACAAUGGGUGUAAAGCUACUUCACAUGUCCGAUGGGAGGAUUAAAUGAGACAAUGUUUCUAAAGCCCUUCGCAGGAGGGAGCCCUGGAGGCAGGGCCUGGUGGGCAGAGCAUGCCUGCUGUCACCUGGGACCAUGGGCAGCAUGAAGACCCCGGUGGAGGUGGCCAUCAGUGGGAUGCAGACCCUUCACCGCCAGCGCCGCUGCCGGGGCGGCUGUCAGGUCAAGGCCAGGGCCUCAUACGUGGAUGAGACUUUGUUUGGCAGCCCCUCAGGCACCCGGCCCACACCGCCAGACUUCGACCCACCCUGGGUGGAGAAGGCCAACAGAACCAAAGGAAUGGGCAAAGAGGCUUCCCGGGCUUCGGGGAGCUGUGAGACCACUUCCUCCAGGGGCAGCACCCCGACCCUCACACCGAGGAAGAAGAACAAGUACAGGCUGAUCAGCCACACUCCGUCUUACUGUGAUGAGUCACUGUUUGGCUCCCGACCAGCGGGCGCCGGCCUGGAGGCCCCCUGGAUGGCAAAGGGGGAUGCUGCAAAACUCCAUGCCCUCUGCUGGACACCUCCGGCAACCCCUAGGGGCCACUCACCCCACCCCAGGGAGACCCCUCUGCGUGCCAUUCACCCAGCCGGUCCCUCAAAGACAGAGCCCAGGGCGGGGGCGGACUCCCACCGUGGGCAGUCGUCCAGGGGCGCGUUAGAUUCUCCCCGCCCAGCGAGGCAGGAGCGUUCCCACUCCGUCACCCACCUGGCUGUCCCCGCCACUGGCCGCCCACCCGCCAGUGGCCCCCACACCAACGGGCCUCGGGAUCCCAGGCCUUCCUCGCUGGGAGUGACCUUCCAGAGCCCCCUGGUGACCCCCAGGGCUCACUCAGGCAGUGUUUCCGUGCCAGCUACCCCCCGACGAGGUGGGGCCACCCAGAAACCAAAGCCCCCUUGGAAGUGAGUUUCUUUUUAGAGAGGGAACGGAGGGAGAAAGAGAGAGAGAAACAUCAGUGCGAGGUUGCUGGGGGCCGUGGCCUGCAACCCAGGCAUGUGCCCUGACUGGGAAUCGAACCUGCAACACUUUGGUUCACAGGCUGGCACUCAAUCCACUGAGCUACGCCAGCCAGGGCUUAGAAGUGAGUUCCUUGGCCCUUUCCUCAGGUUCCCCCUGGGGGGGGGAGGGGGUCACGGCAGGGACCGCAGUUUCAGAGGACGGCACAGGUGGGGAGCUUCCGGGGAGACCUGCAGGCUUUGGGGAAGCUCCCGUGGAGGCAGACUCAGCGAGGGUGGUCUGGGGCGCGCCCUCUCCUGACAACCUCUGGUGGCUGUGAGGGCCACCAUGUGCGGUGCCUGUUCCGGGCCUGUCCUAGCCACAAGCUGUCUCGGUGCCAACCCGGGGACACCCCCAGGGAGGGCCCUCCCCCCUUCACACAUUGUCUAUCCGCCAAGUAGGAGUAAAAGGUGUGGUUGCCAACCUGGAGCGUCCCUCCCUGCCCCCCCGCCCCCCACUCAAGCCAAACCCCUGGCUUGGGAUGAGUUUCCAGCGGGGUCUGGAGGCCUCGGGGGUUUUCCCGGGCACGGCGUGGGGGCCGCAGCAGGACACGAGGAUCUGGGUGGGGCAUGGGCCAACUUUAUUUCAAUAAUCAUGUAUUUAUUUUCAUGUAUUAAAUAUGUCAGUAGCUCAUCAAAA